GUCGCGGCGGGCACGGCGGGCUCCAUACGAUUGACGUUGUUAAUGGCCAUCCCACCCCGCCGGUUAUGUCAUCGAAUGACCCAAUUGCUCUUGCUGGGGCUGCAAAAACCCCUCACCACCAAGACUACCUACCCCAAUCCGCCGAGCACUCAGAGACCUGCACCACCACCACGCUUCACCACGUCUUCAUUUGACAUGUCAGAAUUCCCCCGAGAUACUUGAAGGCUCUGUGGAUGAGAGCGAGGUGUUUGCUGUGCUGUUUCGACUCGGACAAUUCGCCCGGGCACUGCAUGUUAGAGUCGAGGUUCCUGUCCAGUGAGGCCGCUGGAGAGGUGUCAAUGACCCCGCCAUUGCCCGCCGCUCACGAUAAGAUAAGAGCUCUCUCUUUUGUUAGCACCAUGCUGCUUAGUAGCGCCGAUGGCCAGGGCACCCCGUCACCUAUCCAUGUCACUGCAGCAGCCGAUCAGCAGAGCACACUUGCACUCCGAGCUUCCACUUGUCGGCGUAACUACCCAGCAGCUGCAUAGGUACACUACAAGGAGCUGCUUCCAUGUUGCGGGCACUUGGGCCGCUGCCCGGCCAAGACUGAAAAGAAUUCAUCAUCCGAUUUCCAAGUGGAAAGCUGACGUUGCCCUCUUUUUGUCCCUUCAUCUCGCCUCCGUCUUCCUCUUGACCUUUUCCUGAACCUCCUACCUAUCUACCUACCCACCUACCUAUCAAUCCAUAACACGAAUCUUCUGCUUGUUGCGAUCCAAGACGGGCCGUCAUUCGUUCUGCCAACAUCGCCAGGACAGUGACUACACUUGCACAAGGCUCCUUGAAUCUCUCGGUGCUUCCAGGUUGGAGCCUGGAGCAUGCCCAUUUUUGACCGAGCCAUCUUCUCUCGGCCAUUGUCUAUCCUCAAUAACCCGUUCCCGGCGCUCUUUGCCCUCGUCCUCCUUUCGGCCUCCUCGCUAGGCAUCCGACUCCUGCUGAGCUCGACUACCCCUCACAAAGUACCACCAGCAAAGAUGUCGUCAGCACCCAUCAAGAUGGCGCCCAGAAAGAAAAUCGCCAUCAUGACCUCGGGCGGCGAUUCCCCCGGCAUGAACGCUGUGGUACGCUCGUGCGUCCGCAUGGCCAUCCACAUGGGCUGCGACGCCUACUGCGUCUACGAAGGCUACGAGGGUCUGGUUAGAGGUGGUGACUUCAUAAAGCAGAUGGACUGGUUUGAUGUGCGCGGCUGGCUCUCGGAAGGCGGCACCUUGAUCGGUACCGCUCGCUGCAUGGCUUUCUACGAGCGCGCUGGUCGCCUUACUGCCGCCAAGAACAUGAUUCUCAACGGCAUCGAUGCCCUCAUUAUCUGCGGAGGAGACGGCUCUCUUACCGGUGCCGACAGGUUCCGUGCCGAGUGGCCUUCGCUGUUGGAAGAGCUGGUCUCUACUGGCGAGCUGACGGCCGAGCAAAUUCAGGCUUACAAGCACCUCAACAUCGUUGGUAUCGUCGGUUCUAUCGACAACGAUCUGUCUGGUACAGACGCCACCGUUGGCUGCUAUUCGGCUUUGGCAAGAAUUUGCUUGUGUAUCGAUAUGAUUGAGGCUACCGCCUCUUCCCAUUCCCGUGCCUUCGUCGUUGAAGUCAUGGGCAGACACUGCGGUUGGCUGGCUUUGAUGGCAGCUGUUGCGACAGGCGCAGAUUUCCUCUUUAUUCCCGAGAAACCUAGGGAGGACAACUGGAGAGAGGAAAUGCGUAGCGUUAUCCAGCAGCACCGCAGGCUUGGAAAGCGCAAGACCAUCGUCCUCAUCGCUGAGGGUGCUCUCGACAAGUUUGGUAACAAGAUCACCCCCGAAGAAGUAAGAGAUCUUCUCGCCGACAAGAAUGGCCUCGCCCUCGAUACCCGCAUCACUACCCUCGGCCACGUUCAACGCGGUGGUACUGCCGUCGCAUAUGACAGAAUGCUCGCGACUCUUCAGGGUGUUGAGGCCGUCAAGGCUGUCUUGGAAGCCACUCCCGAGACCAAGACUUGCUUCAUUGCCAUUACCGAAAACAAGAUUGUCAGGAAGCCCCUGAUGGAGGCGGUACUGGAUACCAAGCAAGUCGCCAAGGCGAUUGAAAGCCAGGAUUUUGACGGAGCCAUGGCUCUUCGUGAUGCCGAGUUUUCGGAGCAGUACAAGUCGUUCAUGAUGACAACUGCAGGCCAGAUCGAUCACGAGACAUUGCUGCCUGAAAAGGAGCGCAUGAAAAUCGGCUUUAUCAACGUCGGUGCCCCCGCUGGAGGUAUGAAUGCCGCCGUCCGCGCUGGUGUGUCGUACUGCUUGUCUCGUGGUCACGAACCCAUUGCGAUCCACAACGGCUUUGCAGGCUUCGCGCGCCAUCAUGCCGAUUCGCCGGGCUCAGUGCGGCCCUUUGACUGGCUUGAGGUUGAUGGCUGGGCUAGCAAGGGCGGUUCCGAAAUCGGCACCAACCGUGAGCUCCCGAGCGAGUCUGGCAUGGAGACCAUCGCCAACCUCAUCGAGCAGUACCAGUUUGACGCCCUGUUCCUCAUCGGUGGCUUCGAGGCUUUCCACGCCGUCUCGCAGUUGCGCAAGGCCAGAGAGCAGUACCCCUCUCUGUGCAUCCCCAUGACGCUGCUCCCAGCGACCAUCUCCAACAACGUUCCCGGCACUGAGUACUCUCUUGGUUCCGAUACUUGCCUUAACGAGCUUGUCGACUAUUGCGACAAGAUCAAGCAGUCCGCGUCUGCCACUCGCAGACGUGUCUUUGUCAUUGAGACACAGGGUGGCCGUUCGGGUUACAUCGCAACUCUCGCCGGUCUCGGUGUUGGUGCCUCGGCCGUUUACCUUCCUGAAGAAGGUCUUAGCUUGGAAAUGCUCAGCGAAGACGUCCGUCACUUGAAGGAGGUGUUCGCUCAGGACAAGGGACAGAGCAGAGCCGGUCGCUUGAUCCUGAUCAAUGAGAAGGCCUCCAAGGUUUACAAUGCCAAGCUCAUCGCCGACAUUCUCCGCGACGAGGCCCACGGUCGUUUUGAAAGUCGUGAGGGUAUUCCCGGUCACAUGCAGCAGGGUGGUGUUCCCUCGGGCAUGGACCGUUGCCGUGCUGUUCGUUUGGCCAUCAAGUGCAUUCAGCAGCUUGAGAAGUAUGGACGCAACGUGCACAACCGCGUCAAGAUGGAUCCCAUGAGCGCUAGCGUCAUCGGUAUCAAGGGAGCGAGUGUUAUCUUUACGCCGGUCCAGAAGUUGGAGGAGGAGGAGACCGACUGGCCCAACAGACGCCCCAAGGCUGCCUUCUGGCUUAGUAUGAAGGAGAUUGUUGACAUCCUUGGAGGCCGUCCUCGGCACACCUUGCCCGAGCCCGACCUUACGGGCGUCAAGGCCAAGGACGUGAAGCGUGGACUGGAGCCGGUUGCCAAUUAAGCCUUCCCUACAUUACGGUUUCACGCCUUUGUUACGAUUAAAAUGUUUAUGCUCUGGGAGUUUUAGCUGUGGUGAAUGUGAUUUUGCACCAAAUUGGCAUGGAUAAGGAGUCUUGUACCUAGAUGGGGGGGACAAUGCAAAAGGACGGUAUCGUUAUGGUUGUAUGAGAAAAUUAGGUAUGAAAAGAAAUGAGAUGACUCUUGAAACCGAACGAAACCUGGGACAAAGUGAACUCAACUCAUUUUUUGGGGUAUCCGCGCGAUGCUUGAGGACGAAUGAACCACAUGUAUUAAAUUAUCAUAUUGGUACCAACAACAAAAGUGGAAAAAAAAAAAGAAAAAAAAAAAAAAAAAACAUAUGACAGAUGGCCUGACAACAUCGGGCCUGCGUUGUACGCCAUAUCCUCAACAUUUUCCUUUCUUCGUCAUCGCUACAGUCAACACGAACGUGAGGAGAUCAGAGAAGCUCAUCCGCCUGUUGAUCGUCAACUCGUCAAGGCCAAUUCACACCAGAACAUCCCAUUUCCUUCAAUUCAUCACCUAACAUGUCCAUCGUCUCGAUAUUCUAAAAUCGGUGACUACACCCUCCUCUGCCCCACGUGCUCCUGGACCCCAGGAUGACCAUGAUGCCCUGGCGCAUCCACCCUUAUCGCCGUGUUAUGGGCCAUCAACUCAUGACGAUAAGCCUGGUCCGGCAACUCAAACACCGCCCUAGGCGCGUCCAACUCCAUCGGCCGUCCCGUCUUGUCCAGCUGCUGCACGUUUGUAUAUCCUCCACCCCCAGGAUGCAGCUUCUGGUCCCAUUCCCCUGCUCCUGCUCCAUAUCCGUAUCCAGUGGCGAGCGUACCAUAAGGCGGAAUGGGCGAGGUAGUGGCGCUCGGGGCUUCGGAUCCCACGACCGUCGUACCGUCUUCGGGGCUGUUGAGAUUGGUAUUAGAGUUUUUGUUAUUGUUCCGCCG